AUGGCUGGGAAAAGGAACAGUACAAUUACAAAAUUCAUUCUCUUGGGAUUCUCUGAAUUUCCAAAGCUCACCCUUGUCCUCUUUUUAAUAUUCCUAGGCAUCUAUCUCAUGACAGUGUCCUGGAAUGUGGGCCUCAUCACUCUCAUCAGGAUGGACUCUCACCUGCACACACCUAUGUACUUUUUCCUCAGUAACCUCUCUUUGCUGGACAUCUGCUAUGUUUCCACUAUAGCUCCCAGGAUGCUCUCAGACUUCUUCAAGAAGCAGAAAUUCAUCUCCUUUACGGGGUGCACCAUGCAAUACUUCUUCUCUAGCCUGGGUCUGACUGAGUGCUGUCUCCUGGCAACCAUGGCUUAUGAUCGAUACGCUGCCAUUUGUAAUCCUCUGCUCUACACAGCCAUCAUGUCCCCCAACCUCUGUAUGCAGACGGUGGCAGGAUCUUGUAUAACUGGAUUCUUUGGCUCAUUGAUACAACUGUGUGCUUUACUUCGGCUCCAUUUCUGUGGGCCAAAUGUCAUCAACCAUUUCUUCUGUGACCUGCCCCAACUGUUGAUCCUAUCCUGCUCUGACACCUCUUUCUUUCAAAUCAUGACGUUUGUGCUCACAGUGAUCUUUGGGCUCACCUCUGUCCUGGUUAUCAUGAUAUCCUAUGGUUACAUUGUUGCCACCAUUCUGAAGAUCACUUCAGCUGAAGGUAGGUCCAAGGCCUUCAACACCUGUGCUUCUCACCUAACAGCAGUAACCCUCUUCUUUGGCUCAGGUAUCUUUGUUUAUAUGUAUCCUAACUCUGGUGAUUCCCUGAGCCAAAAUAAGUUGGCAUCAGUCUUAUACACUGUUAUAAUCCCCAUGCUAAAUCCAUUGAUCUACAGCCUGAGGAACAAGGAAAUAAAAGAUGCCCUAAACAGAUGGAAGAAGAGAAUAUUUUCCUGGUGUUACUAA